AUCUCAAGUCCUACUGGGCCCUGCUACCUCACUACAGCUAUCGCGUUUUACUUUCGAAAUUCAAACCAUGAGCCAGCACUCUGUCCUAGUCGUCGGGGGAGGUCCUUCCGGUCUCAUCACAGCACUUGCGUUACUCAAGAAUGGAAUCCACGUCCGUAUUAUUGAGAAGAGGGAGUCCCCUCAUGGCGGCAUCAGGGGAACCGGCAUAACCCCUCGAACUCUCGAAAUUUUCGCCUCCCUUGGAGUAUUGGACGACGUAUUGGCUCCUUCUACCCUUGUCGGUAGGAUGGCCAUACACGGUGCUGGAAAGGUCAUCGACAAGGAAAUGGCCUUCUCAGAGUCGGCCGCAGAUUCGCCUACUAUUCCCUAUCGCCAUCCCAUCAACCUGAGCCAGCCAGCACUAGAGACUGCACUUCGCUCUGGUCUUACGAAGAACGGGGUUAAUGUUGAGUAUGGGGUUGAACUCAUCGGCAUUGAGCAGGAGGAACAGGGCGAAUACGUUCUUGCCAAAGUCAAAGUCGAGGGAAAAGAGGUGGAGGAGAAGUUUUCAUAUAUAAUCUCCGCGGAUGGAGGUCGAGGGACUACACGCAAAAUCCUCGGGAUCAAUUUUCUUGGAGAAACGCCAGGUGAGAUACUCUUUACGGCGAACAUCGAGUGUGAGGACCUCGACCGCGAGCUCUGGCACAUGUGGGGUGAUAUUAAAGCCUCCGAGAAAGGGUGUUUCAUGAAACCUGCAGAGCCCGCGCCGUUAUAUCAGUUCAUCGCUGGCGGCGACUUGGACAGGCCUCUUCCUACUGACACGGAAGGUAUUCAAGCCAUGUUCAAUAGCAUUACGAAGUCAACGGAUAUAACGCUCCAAAAUGCUUCGUGGAUCUCUGAGUGGAGAGCCAAUAUUCGCAUGGUUGACAAGUUCAGCGUGGGGCGUGUGUUUCUCGUAGGAGAAUGUGCUCAUUGUCAUAGCCCUGCUGGUGGGCAAGGCAUAAAUACGGCGGCUAUGGAUGCGCUCAACGUUGCAUGGAAGGUGGCCCUGGUUCAUAAAGGCCUCGCAUCAAGCUCGCUCCUCUCCUCCUACGAGUCCGAGAGGCUUCCUGUCGUUGCACAGAUGCUAAAAUACACCACGAAGCUUCAUAAUGAAACCUUCCACGAUGGCAGCUUGGAAGAGGCCAUGCACCGCCCUAGAGAAGGACAUCAGCUUGGAGUCAAUUAUCGCUGGAGUUCGAUCGUGUUGGACGGGAGGACACCGGAAGUGGCUGGGAGCACGGAGCCAGUUGAGAAGGACCCGUACGGGAUGCUGGGCGACAAGAUUCGCGCGGGAGAUCGUGCGCCGGAUGCUACCCAAAUCAAUAUAGUGGGGAAGGGGGGAGCGCUCGGAGAGGCGACGAGGCUUUUUGGGCUGACGGGGGACUGCACCAAGCACCACGUCCUCCUCUUCGGAGGAUACUCUGCUGCUACCGUCCAGGAUGCGCAGUCUGCAUUGAACCCCUAUUCUCAGGCCGGUGUCGCAUCUCUGGUCGUCAUUCUUCGUUCUGGCGCCGACAUUCCGACACAAUUGGUCGAUGGAGUCGAGUACGUGAGGGACGACGGUGGCCACGCAUAUCGUGCAUACGACGUAGGGGAGUUCGAUCCCUUGUUUGUAGUGGUGAGACCGGACGGGAUGAUAGGAGCUUUCGCCGUCAGUGUCGAACAGCUUGAGAAGUAUUUCUCCAAAUUCUUGUCUGUGCUUGCUUGAUGUAUUCCACCAUUAAGCCUGAUGUACUACGCUCAGUUUCGAAUUGCAAUCCCAACUCUAUCGCUUCCAGGGU